AACACAAAAAUCUGGCAAUCUGGAACAAAGCUAUUUACUUUGUUUGUCGCUAGAUCUCGAUUUUUUACUUAAUAUCCUCAUUCCUGGGGGGAAGUAAAACUGAUGUGAUAUGUCAUCUAAGAAGCUGUCUUUGUUUUUAUCGACUCCUUUUCUUAACUUCACUUAAAAUGGGUGGGUGCAUUGGGUCUCAGAGAGACAAUGGCCCACCCUCGGGGGAAUCUUCGGAUGUGACUGGAAUGGUGCAGCACGUUUCAGUCGGGAGAAAUCAGCCUCUUAAACCAGAGAAACCUAAAUGGAAGAGUGAUGUCCCUUUGACAGAAGGGCAGCUUAGAAGUAAAAGAGAUGAGUUUUGGGACACAGCACCAGCAUUUGAUGGGAGGAAAGAAAUUUGGGAUGCAUUGAAAGCUGCCUCCUAUGCUUUAGAAACAGGAGACCAUGCACUUGCGCAAGCCAUUGUUGAUGGGGCUAGUAUAUCGUUACCACAUGGAACAUUAAUGGACUGUUAUGAUGAACUAGGAAACAGAUAUCAACUACCACACUAUGUUCUAAGUGCCCCAGCAAACUUAAUUGACGACACUAGUGAAAGUGAGGCUUCACCUGACACAGACGUUAAUGCUACACCAGGUGUGGAACAGCCAAUCAGGUUCAGACUUUCAACUUUGAGCCACGACAUUAAGCUGUCAGUUAGCUCUACAGACACAGUGUCAAAGGUGAAAAAACGUAUUGCCGACAUGCAGGUCGGGGUAGACCCUCAUAGACAGCGGUGGUAUUAUGCUGGACGUUUGCUCAAUGAUAAACUGCGCAUCGAGGAUGCUCGCAUACCAAAAAAUCAUGUGGUUCAAGUAAUAGUUUCUGGACCAUCACAUGAACCCCCAAGCUGAAAAUAAGAUAUAAAGACUUCAGUACAAAUGCGUGACUCGUGGGUCAUGGAGUUUUUUAAGUGUUCUUUCAUUCAAAGUUGUGAUAUUAUAGUAAUGACUCUUUCAAUUUGUAUUUGCUAAGACUAUUCUUGUAUUGAUGUACUCGUUAUCUAUUGGAGAAACAAGACUGUUGUCUAGAAUGUAUUUAAAGACAUUUACACUGAACUUGCAAUACUUGGUUUUAUAGACAGUGUAUGAUUGCUUAGUAAUUUGUUUUUGAAAAAAUUAUCCACUUCAUUUUUUUUUUCAGUACAAAAUUUUUUAUUUUAGCUCUGUGCUUUUAAUUAUUAUGUCUCAAUGAAAUUAUUUUGUGCCUAUUUUGCAUUUGUGUGCAGUCUAAAAACUAUUUGAAAACCUACUAUUAUAUACUGAAAGAGCUUUCACAUCAGAUGUGCAAACACUAUUAAGUUGAAUGUUGCUAAGCAUUAUUUCUCAAUUCAAACUUUUGUAAUAUCGUUUCAAAUGAUUUAAUAUUGCUUAUAAAUAUAUAUCUAUAUAUAGUUGUGAUUUAUGUACAUAUGUUUACACAAGUUGACUAUUCACGAUUUGUACACUUUGUAAAAUGGAAGUGAGUUUUUGAUCAGAAUAAGUGUGUAGAGACAUGGACCAGAUCUUUCACUCAUUCAAUUUGUUGUAUUUUCUCUUCGUUGUAUUCUUUGAUGGAACAUAGGAGUUAUUGUCUCAUAAACUUUGGUUAAGCUAAAAUAGUUUGUUCACCCCCUCCACUUGCUUGUUGAAUGUGCUACACAUUUAUUCUUGAGUUCCAUCUCAAAUUCCUUUUGAUUUCAUUUGCAUGUAUAUCUUCCAAAGGACCAUGUUUAUGUUGUUAUUGUUAUUAUCUCAUUAAAUUGGCUAUUUUAAAAUAUGAACAAAUACAUUGUUCAAAACUCAUCAGAAAGAAAAUAUUAUUUUUGAUUUUUGUUGAAGCCAAAAUAAUUUAUCAAUUUUAUUGUGUAUGAUAGCUGCACACAGAAUAAUUUAAAAAAAAAACCAGUAGUGAUUGUUAUACAAGUUUAAAAGCAAAAAGUCUAACUGAUAUAAAUAAUACAUCUGCCUUUACAUUAUUACCUUAAGUUACAUUAGCAAAACAUAACAUUGCUUUUAUUAUAUGCAUAUGUCCCUAGUUUUUUGGUGCACCAUAGCAACUGUAAGGUUAUUGUUCUGAGAUAUGUAAUAUACAUAUAUUGAAAUAAAUACAUUCCUGUCAUGAUAAGCUUUUUUGCUAUAGUAACAUUUUUUCAUUAGCUUUUCAUUCAACUAUUGUUUUUAUACAUUAAUCUUCUAAAAUACAAAUCUGGCUCUAAAAUGAAAAUAUAAUCAAACUGUUCUCACUUUCAUAUACAAUUUUUUUUUAUAUUCUACUAAAAUUCUAGUCAUUUUGGAUCCUAGUUCUCUGGCGACUUUGUUUGCUAUUGAGUUAGUUACAGUAUUUUGUUACAGUUUACUAUAAAGAUAGGGGGUCCCUAGUGCUUUGCUUUGUGUGCAAAUCUUUUAAUAUCACACAAUGUAUCAAAUAUUUUGACAAAAAUUAAAUGAUGGAAUCUUUCUAUCACCUUGCAAUAUAUACAUUUGUUUAAAGAAAAAAAAAGAAGUUAAAUUUUAUAUUUACUCAUAUUUUUUUUUUCAGCUAGAAAAAAACGUUCUACAUAGUUAAUAACAUUAAAAACAUUUUCUUUUUUUUUUUUUUUUUUUGUGAUGAACUGAUUAAUAAUUCAACAUAUGUAUUAAUUCAUUUUUUUUGUCUGGUUUAUAUGAGAUCUGUAAACUUUUAGUAUUUUCAUGUUUAUUUGAUUUACUCUAAAAUGUCAGUACCUCUCAGGUUUCUUAAUUUGUUUUUGUGUGCAAAAACUUUCCUAAAAGAUAAUGAGAAGACAAGAACUCUUUUGCUUAUAACGUUUUCAACUGGAUAACAAUGUUUUAGUGUGCAGCCCUCUCCCUCAUUGUUUUGUCAAAAACUAAAUCAAAUUAUAUGCAUUUUUUUUUAAUGUACUGGCAACUGUGUUAGAACUCCUAUCUUGUGUGUUUAUACUGAUAUGCACUUUUAUUAUCAUGCCCUCCUAAUGAAAUGACUUACAAUGUUAUUGAUACUAUGUUUACUAAGAAUUUAUUUUUAUUGGGGUUGAAAGAUGUUUGAUACAAAGUUUUAAGUUCUACAUUGUGUUUCGAACAUGCAUCUUUUACAUAUACAAUAUAAUACAUGGCUUUCUAAUCAACAUAUCAACAGAAAUAAUAAAAAGACAAUAUUUUUUUUUUUCUAAUCAAUGUAGAUUUUUUUAUAGAAAUUAAUGUAGCUCUGUGAGACUAAUAUAUAAUGUAAAUAUUACACGAGUAAAUGCACAAUGUAGAAAAUGGUUUUUGCAUGUUGAACUUUUCAAUUUAAUACACAUACAAAAACUAAGCUUGUAAGAAGUUCAUAGAGACUAUAAGCUCCUCACAUGUGUGCUCCACUUUUCAGCCUCUAAGAUUGAUUGUUGUGUGCGAAUAAAACACAAUUCUAUUCUUCAUGCAAA